AUGUCUUCUGAAAACAAGAUCACGGAUAGCGACUUGAGCGCAGCGAUUAAUCAAGAUGAUCCUGAAAAGGGGAAGAGCAAUAGCGAUGAUGCUCCCUCUGAGGCCGCUGAUCAUGAGGGAGGUCUCAUCGUUUAUUGGGAACACCCAGAGAGCGAAGACCCCGAAAACCCCCUAAAUUGGAGUGACAAGCGAAAAUGGGCCAUGAUUGGCAUCUUGUCGUUUCUCAGUUUACUUGUUCCUCUGGCAUCGUCUAUGCUUGCGCCGGGCGUACCACAAGUCCUUGAGGAAUUCGACAUCACCAACGAUCAACUCGCGACAUUUGUCGUCUCCGUCUUUGUCCUGGGGUUUGCGCUCGGUCCGAUUGUCAUUGCGCCCCUGAGUGAAGUCUAUGGGCGGAACCUAGUCUAUCAUGUCUGCAAUGCGACUUUUACCGUCUUCACGAUUGCCUGCGCCCUCGCGACGAACAUGGGCAUGCUGAUUGCCUUUCGUUUUCUGGCUGGCUUCUCGGGAGUGGCCGUCUUGACUAUUGGCAGCGGCAGCAUCGUUGACAUGAUGCCGGCGAAUCGAAGAGGCCGGGCAAUGGCAUUGUGGACGGGAGGGCCGAUCCUAGGCCCCGUGGUUGGGCCAGUUUGCGGCGGCUUCCUCGUCGAGGAUCUCGGCUGGAGAUGGGUGUUCUGGGUGAUUGCCAUUGCCUCUGGAGUUACUACCUUGGCAUCGAUUUUCAUUCUUCGAGAGUCUUACGCUCCCCUCAUUCUAGAAAGAAAGGCUGCUCGACUGCGAAAAGAGACGGGCAAUCCUGGCUAUCAAUCAAAGCUCAAGAGCGCCGAGCCUCCGAAGAAGGUGUUUGCGCGAUCCAUCGUCCGCCCCAUGCGACUGCUCUUUACCUCGCCGCUCGUCACGAUCCUGAGUACCUACGUCGCCAUUAUCUAUGGCCUCAUGUACAUCCUCUUCACCACAUUUACGUUUGUGUUUGAGCAGUAUUAUGGCUUCAGCGCACGCAGCGCGGGUUUGGUAUUCAUUGGUGGAGGUAUCGGCAACAUCCUGGGUCAGUUUCUGGUCGGGUUCCUAUCGGAUCGCCUGAUAGAAGCCGAGAAGAGAAAAGGCAACCAGCCAGAACCGGAGAUACGGCUCAGCCUCUGGAUCACCGUACCUUCAGCGCUGACGCUCUCGGCGGGAUUGUUGAUCUACGGAUGGGGCGCACAGUUCCACGUCCAUUGGAUCGUGCCCGUCUUUGGCACGGGCAUUAUGGGCUUUGGCCUAAUUGGCAUCUUCAUGAGCAUCUUGACCUACCUGGUCGACGUGUACCAAGAGCAUGCGGCUUCAGUGACGGCUGCCAAUGCCGUGCUGAGAAGCGUCCUUGGUGCUGUCUUGCCGCUUAUUGGCCUGCAAAUGUAUAAUGCUCUGGGCUUGGGCUGGGGCAACACGCUACUGGGGCUGAUUUGCUUUGUGCUCGCGCCUGUAACUUGGAUCUUGGCGAUAUUUGGCACCCGCAUCAGACAGCACCCAAAGUUUGUCAACAAAAUUUGA